CAGACUGGAACACCCACCAUUUGUACUUCUUCAUCGGCUGUCCACUUAACCUUUGCGCUUUGACCAUCCUGGCUGGGGAGAAAAAGGAUUUUGGGAGCUGCGGCCCCUGCCUUGGGAGUCCAGCAUGUUGGACUUGGUCAUCUGCAGACGCUUAGUAACACUGGGUGAGCGGCUUGUCACGUGACACCUGUUGCGCGCUUCUCCUUCUUACAUCGAUCUCUUCCGGCAAAGCUCUCCUAGUCGACCCGCGCUAAUCUCUCGCUGUUCGCACACUAAAGGGCCGGCAGCCAUUAGGAAGGAAGAUAACUGCAGGACGAGAAAAGCAGUGCAAGGGGAGAUAACUGGUUUGAAGCGAGACACGAGACUGCGGGUGAGGGGAGGGUGUGGCAACUGUCGCAGCAACUCGCGCUUGCCGACCGACAGCGACACAGCAGCAGCAGCAGCAGCAACAGCAAGCAGGCUAAGGCCGCGUGACGAGAGUCUGUGGCCAACUCGGCGAGAACUGCGACUGCAGCGAACAACAGAGCGAAGCUGUCCCGGGGGCUAACGACACUUGCCACAGACUAGCAGCUGCGUAAACAGCUUCACGUCGCACGAGUCCAAGCUGUCUCCUCAGCUCCGUCAGCUGCGCGCCUCUCACAGCCGUUAGCUGUAAAAGGUAGCAUCUAAGCUUUGCACAACUCGCCACGAGAAUCCAGAACUCGCAGUGUCAUCCUCCCUCGCCAGUCAUCUGUUGCAGUGUGUACCACCGGGGACUCGAUCAGACCCUAGUAGGACUACUUAAAAAAUACGUGCGUUUGAUUUUACCCCCUCCCUAGCACGCUGCUGCAGGCGUGGAAGUGGUUGAGCAAAGUGACAGAAAAUUACUGAACCACCUGCGCGUGAGAAGGAUUGUCACCACAGACCCUCAGCGUAGCUCCAUUGCAACAAGUAAAUACCUUGUUGUUGAUCCCCCCUACCACAGAUUCCCAUAGCACCAAGAAACCACAUCCCCACCCGUCUCAAGCAUCGACACCAUGGCCAGCACAGAAGCUUCUGCCAGGGAUUCCAACUUUCUGAGGCAGUUCCGGGACUUGAACACUCGUGAGUUUAAGCGGAUCACGGCCAACCAGUUUAUGGAUGUGUGGAACCACUACGAUACAGACGGCAAUGGUUUCAUCGAGGGUUCCGAGCUGGACAGGUUUCUGUACGAGCUGGUCACCAGUGUCAACACCUCCGACCUCGGUCCUGAGGUUGUGUCCCAGACUGCACUGCAAGACGCCAAGCAGUUGAUCCUAUGCGCCUUCGAUGAGAAUAAAGAUGGUCGCAUCGACAUUUCAGAGCUGGCCCAGAUUCUGCCGAUGGAGGAAAACUUCCUUCUGUUGUUCCGCAGGGAUCAUCCGCUGGAGUCCAGCGUGGAAUUCAUGAAGGUCUGGCGGGAAUACGACACAGACCACAGCGGCUACAUUGAAGCUGAUGAGCUAAAGAUGUUCCUGCACGACCUGCUCAAACAGGUCAAGAAGGACGCGGAGGUGACGGACGAGCAGCUCAUCACCUAUGCUGACACCAUGCUGCAGCUCUUUGACCGCAACAAGGACGGCAAGCUUCAACUUAGCGAGAUGGCCAAACUUCUGCCGGUGAAGGAGAACUUCCUGAUGCGACCAAUUUUCAAAUCGUCACCAGGCGCCAAGCAGUUGACAAAGGAUGACAUCACUCGUGUCUUCAACCUCUAUGACCGGGACAACAACAAGUGGAUAGAGAACGAGGAACUGCACGGAUUCCUGAAAGACCUGAUGGAGCUGAUACAAGAGGAUUACGAUGCUGAGGACAUCGAAGAGUCCAAGCGGGUCCUGCUGCAGCAGUGCGACCUCAACCGAGACGGUCGUAUAGACAAGGACGAGCUGUCCAUGGUCCUCAUCACCUUCGCGAGGGCUUCGCGGGUCGAGGACAGCGGCGCUGAAGCCGCGGCGACCGCCAAGUGAAGAAAUCUUCCACGUCAUUAUCCACCCACCCACCCAACCCACCUCAUUACCCUCCUUCCACUCUCCACUUCCCCCUCUUCCCUCUGAUCACUCGCCUUCCGGCAGAACGGUGGCGCUCGCCUUCGCAAGAAAGGAGAGUAACCCGCUGCUUCCUUCUCUCUCUCUCAAACAUUUCGUCAUGAUCACGUGAGCUUCUUCACGCGGCUGUGUCCUUCCCUUCCAACCAUUGCACAUCUCAAUCGUCCUCCAUCGUAUGUGCCAGGCCAUUGAGUGUUUGAUUAUUAAUUACUGUGGACGUGUCUUUCACAUUCAACUGCAUAUACCUUUUACUGUCCAUUAUUUUGACCUCCAUAUCAUCUUCCCAGGCGUGGAACAAAACUGUAGCUUUUGUAUAUCCCGACCAGUCCAUGUCUAUCACCUAGCAUCGAUCACGAAGGUUUGCUCGACUGUGAUUCUUGGUUUCAGGACGACUUCUUCGAGGUCAGUCGAGAUGUUUGUUCAGCGGCUGUAGCGUUCCUUAUACUCUUUUGCCCCAUUUUCUGGACCUCGGCCCCUGAUGGUCUUUGUCGGACAGCUGAGCAUGCCUUACGCACCGUACUUCCCCAAAUGGCGCCGACGAGUCUCAACAGGAAGUCAUUUUGUGCAACAUUCUUAUAACUGCCCUCCAAAUCCAAACAACCCACCCGGCCACGAACCGACGCAUGCGCAGAAAGACACUAGAGCAUCAGGCUAUACUCGGACACUCAAAAAAAAAAAUUAUAC